AUGGCUGGUAAAUCUGUUCAAAUUAUUCGAGAUGGUUCUUCUAACGCUUUUCUUGAUGGCAUCAUUCUUGUAGUCAUCAACUUAGAACCGAAACAGGUAGAUGCGAAAAAAUCCCUAGCAACGAAAGGAUAUGUUCCUUUUGUAACAGUAACAAAAGUGAAGAUGAAAAUCAUUUCGUACUAGAUUGUAAGGCCUACUCUAAGAUCAGAGACGUAUUUUUCUUCAAAAAACCUCAAAUCUCUUUCACAUGAUACUUUAAUAGCUCAUCUAAUGAAUUCUUCUGAUUAUUUGAUUAACUGUCAAGUAGUUAUUAUUUAUCUCGCAAUGAUUUGAAUUAAGAAGAAAAUUGACUCAUAUCAAUGAAUAAAUGAGAUCUGUAAUGUUUUGAAACGUUUUACAUUAAUUAGUUGAAUUACUAAUUAAAUUUAGACUGUGGUAGCUUUUGCAAUACUGUAUUACAUGUAUGGUCCUGCAAAUAAAGCUUUUGUUGCUGUGGCUGGCUUUAAGCCGACAAUUUUGAUGAGUGCUUGUGUUGUCGUUUUAGUUUCGGGAUAUGGGAGAGUUAGUUACGGGUGAUGGGGUUGGAGAGGCCAGUGGAGACCUUUCGCUUCAUCUAAGGCUGUCCUUCGCCUCCGAGCUAAGGACUCGCAUGUCCCGUAACUCAUCUCUUGAGUCCCAGGCCUAUGUUAUGCGAGCCUCCACUAGGAAUAGAUUACUAUUCCCAGUGUACCCUCGCAUAACAAAGGCCUGGGACUCAAGAGAUGAGUUAAGGGACAUGCGAGUCCGCAGGCGGGAAGGCGACCGGACUAGGCCAAGAUAA